AUGGAAAAUGAAUUAUAUUGGAGUGAAGAUGAAUAUAAAAGAGAGUCUGAAGAAAUUGAUUUUCCUGAUGAUGUAAAGAAUGAAAAGGGCAAAACAUCAUGUGAUUGUGAUACCUGUGAUUAUCAGACUGGCUCUGUAAUUAUUCACAAGCGCAAUGUCCACACCGGAGAAAAACCAUAUCACUGUGAAAUCUGUGGUAAAUCGUACUCACAAGGUAAUGACUUGACUAGGCACAAAUGCAUUCAUACAGGGGAGAAGCCAUAUCGCUGUAAUGUCUGUGGUAGAUCAUUCUUUCUAAAUCAUGUCUUGGCUCGUCCCUUAACUAGUCACAAGUGUGUUGUUCAUACAGGAGAAGGACUAUAUCGCUGUGAAUUCUGUGGUAAAUCAUUCUCUCAAAAUAAUGACUUGACGAAUCAUAAAUGCCUCCAUACUGGAGAGGAACCAUAUCGCUGUUAUAUUUGUGGUAAAUCAUUCUAUGAAUAUAUAAACUUAACUAAUCACAUACGUAUUCACACAUGUGAAGCCGUAUCACUGUAA